UCGUGUACCAAUUACCGGCCCUGAUCCGUGAAUGAUAAAUUUGAGGUUCAUUUUAUCUGAAUUUUAUUUGAGGCCGAGACUGAGUUUUCCAGCAUUUGUCCGUGUUUUAAGGCCUGACCUAUCACCUCUCAGGCUCUGUUUAAAGAGUGUGCAAGAGAGAUCACAUCCUUUCCGUAACACCCCAGGCGAAUACCCAUUUCUCCGAAAUCCUAUUAAAACUUUAAAAGAACAAGUCAAAAGAUGGCCGAAGGUGAGGAUAUUCAGCCUCUUGUCUGUGAUAAUGGGACAGGAAUGGUCAAGGCUGGAUUUGCUGGAGAUGACGCGCCGCGAGCUGUCUUUCCUAGCAUUGUUGGACGCCCACGUCAUACAGGGGUGAUGGUUGGGAUGGGUCAGAAGGAUGCGUACGUUGGAGAUGAGGCCCAAUCAAAAAGGGGUAUUUUGACUCUCAAGUAUCCUAUUGAACAUGGGAUCGUCAGCAAUUGGGAUGACAUGGAGAAAAUUUGGCAUCACACCUUCUACAAUGAACUCCGUGUGGCACCAGAGGAGCACCCUGUGCUCCUCACAGAAGCUCCUCUUAACCCUAAGGCUAAUCGUGAGAAAAUGACGCAAAUCAUGUUUGAAACGUUCAAUGCCCCUGCCAUGUAUGUUGCCAUUCAGGCAGUUCUUUCCCUUUAUGCCAGUGGUCGUACUACUGGAAUUGUUUUGGAUUCUGGAGAUGGUGUGAGCCACACGGUUCCCAUCUAUGAAGGGUAUGCCCUUCCACAUGCAAUCCUGCGUCUUGAUUUAGCAGGACGCGAUCUCACUGACCAUCUCAUGAAGAUACUGACCGAGAGAGGCUAUACUUUCACCACUUCUGCUGAGCGUGAAAUUGUAAGAGAUGUGAAGGAGAAACUAGCCUACAUUGCCCUCGACUAUGAACAAGAGCUGGAGGCUGCAAAGACCAGCUCAACUGUGGAUAAGAGCUACGAGCUGCCCGACGGGCAGGUGAUUACAAUUGGUGCAGAGAGGUUCCGCUGCCCGGAGGUUCUGUUCCAACCUUCUAUCAUCGGGAUGGAAGCUGCCGGAAUUCACGAGACAACGUACAAUUCCAUCAUGAAGUGCGAUGUUGAUAUUAGGAAGGACCUGUACGGUAAUAUUGUGCUUAGUGGUGGGACUACGAUGUUUCCGGGCAUUGCUGACAGGAUGAGCAAAGAGAUCACGGCAUUGGCUCCAAGUAGCAUGAAGAUUAAGGUUGUUGCCCCACCUGAGAGGAAGUAUAGUGUUUGGAUUGGAGGUUCUAUUUUGGCAUCCCUCAGCACAUUCCAGCAGAUGUGGAUAGCAAAGGCGGAGUAUGAUGAGUCCGGCCCCUCGAUUGUCCACAGAAAAUGCUUCUAAUCGGUGCAGUGUGUGAUGAUAGGCUAGAGAUUUUGUCAUGGAAACAUUUUAUUGUCAAAAACAGAUUGCCAUUAACUCUGCUUCUUGAUGCUUUUGCUCUGACUUUGUUUCUUUUUUAUACUUUUCUUCUAUUUUUAACUUUUUAUUUGUUUAUGUUCUUGAUUUAUUAUGUUUUUUUUCUUGAGGUCUUCAUCAUGUCAAGAUUUGAUAGACGUGGGAACAAGUCUGUUCAUGCCAAAGAUUCGUGGUUAUUAUGGAUUUAUGGUGUAUUA